AUGCCAGCUAACGACGUUACAUGGACUCGCAACUCAGGAGGGCACCGCCCUAACCCAAGCGAACAACCAGCCAUUCAGCUAUUUGACAAAGUGAUGGAUCCCAUUAAGUUUGGAUCGAUUACUGUGGAGGACUUGGUUGGUGACCAUGGUCUCAAUCUGAUGAGUGACUUCUGUACUCGCAUCGGUCAAGAUCCUCCAAUCGGCCAGAGAACCAACAAGCCAAUGGUCGCUUCCGCAAUAUGCAAGUAUAUAGAGGCCCUGUGCAAGACACUUAGAACAAAGCAUGGCCGGUCGCAACAAUUUUUGAAUUUUCCUCUAUUUCCUCCUUCCGAUGUUAACGGCCUCAAGAAAACUUUCACAGAUUUGCAUGGCCGAACACUCAUGCAGGGAACGGACGAUGAUGCGAUCCUGCGGGACUACUACCCCAUUCCUCGUGAACAUUCGCCGAGGACCAAGCUACUGCCACUCCAUGAUUUUUCCAAUCCGCAGCAGCACCAACUCGCCCGGAGUGUGGAUCUGCUCCGCGUGGCAAAGAGACUUCUUCAGACCGAACAGAUCACGGAGCUACUGAUGCUACUGAUUACGAACAAUGCAGUGGGCAGAGGUGGUGAAUGCAAGUUUUUGAGUUAUGACAAGAUGUUUUUUGAUUGCUAUUUCAACAUGAUUUUCUUUCAGUGGUUCCAGAGGAAGGAGCUGAAGACCAGUCCAUCCGCCUUCGUUCAGGACUUCGAGCAUCCGGAGUGUGUGUCCUCUUUGGAUUUGGUUUGUUUUGGUCACUUUGCAGUGGAUUGGUCCGGCCAGCCGCCAUGA